GUUUGAAUAAUUUGGAAGGGGAGGAAUGAUUUAUCAGUUAACAGUUUUUAUAGUGUUGUUAAAGUCACAGAAAUCCUGUUAACAAAACGUGUUUGGCCACAAGCUUUCUGCAUGUGAGGCAUGAUGCCUCAAUUUGUGACACUACCUCUAGUCUAGUGGCAGGCCUCCUGAGUUUUACUUGUUGACACCAUCACUUGUAGAAUCUUCUCUUGGGCCUGACACAGGUAGAAUGGCUGGCCCUUAAUGAACUUCAAGAUGGGGGGAGAGGUGUUUAUCAUCUUCCUAAUUGAGAUCUGGCUUCAGGCAGCCUCAAUUAACAUAGUAAUUGGGCUCAAGGAGACCUAAUCUGUUUGUGUAAAGCUUCAACCGCUGGGGAAACAGGAGAUGAGAAAAGGGAGGAUAAGGUCAAGCUUAGACAGCAGGAUGUGCAAAUCAGAAAUGGAUUAAAUUCAUUGGAUUUGGAGUGGAAAGGAAAUCUACUCCAGAUCAUAGUAAUAGGAACAUACCAUAUUUUUUUCCCUCAGAAUAAAUUUUAGGAAUCAUCAGGGCUGGAUGACAGAUUACAACAUAUGAUAUCCUUGAGAGUGAUGAGUUGGUAUCAAACAAGUGUGAAGAUUCCUUAUAUUUGUAUCCCUCUGCUGGGGUUUCUCUUCGUGCUGCCGCUGACCAUUCCAUGGGCUCGACUUUCAGAAUCAUGGCUAGGAGUCGUGCACUAUUUGGCUUGCAUUUUUCCACAACUGGGCAGCGUGCUUUACCAUCUCUUCAUGAAUCAUGAGGGAGGCCCUGCUGUUUACCAUACCUUGCUCACCCUGGAUAUGUGUGGGGUUUGCAUGGUCAACACUUUGGGUGCUCUACCAAUCAUCUACUGCACGCUGGCCUGCUCCCCACUUGUUCGUUCUAUUGCCCUGUUGGGCUACACAGGCUUGUCAAGCUAUGGUAUAUUUUGUGCAGUGACUGCUCGUUCCAGUGUCCGGCGCUUACGAGCCUUUGCCUGGCAGGCUCUGUUCCGCUUCUUCUUCUUCUAUUUGCGGUGGGUGGGAUUAGGCACCGGCCAUCCCACCUCUCUGCGUUCAUACCUCAUUAUGGACGGUCUGGCCUUUCUUGGGGGCGUCAUCAACAUCUCACGAGUGCCUGAGCGCUGGAAGCCAGGCAGUUUUGACUAUUGGUUCAACAGCCAUCAGAUUAUGCACGUGCUGGUGGUGGUCAGUAUACUCUAUCUUCACUGGGGAGUAGUGGCUGAUCUUCAUUGGAUUGCCAACUAUGCCUGUCCAAAGGAAUGACCACAUCAUGUUUGGAUUCACCCCUUCCACAGAAAAUCUGCUGACCGAGAAGUGGGUUAUGUAUAAGGUGUGAGCCACUAAUCUCAUAGUUCAAGGUCUUCUACAAGGGUUGAAGUACAUAAGAAAGGACAUCUUCUGGAUGUGAUUUAUUUAAAAGAGGCUGCAUUUUUUCCCUGUGGGGUUAAUACAGUAGUUUCCUGUUGGUUGAUUAUUCAUGGAUCAGCUUGUCUAGGAUUUAUAUACUUCUCAGUGUAAAGUAAUGAAUUUCCACUACUUGAAGUUCUUAGAUCAUUGUGCAGUUCCAAAUUACAACAGGCAAACAUAAUUUGGUUAAAAACAAUCUUUAUCACUAGUAAGAUAGAAUCAGAGAAAUAAUCCACUAGUGAAAAUUCCCAUCCCAUCCCCAACUCUUUUGUUUGCUGUAGGACUUUUUGUCAUCAGAGCUGUUCUGGAGGUAGCUUUGAUGAUAGUAAGAACAAGAUUAGUUGCUUCUUUUUUAAUUUGCAUUGAAAAUGAAAUGGGCACUGGGAAAAGAGAGGUGUCCUUAGUAGAUGAUGUUGGAGCUGCGUGCAACUUCUCUGCUUUUUAGAGGCAGUUACUUAAAUACUUUUUAUCCAGUGUCUUUGAGACACCAUGCAAUACUUUCUGAUUUUUAAAAGGGCUUGUCAGAGACCAGAAUAUUAAACUCUGCUGCAUAAUUUGGUUUUUCUUUAUCUGCCAGAAGGAUAACCAGGGGUCUUGAAACUGGAUUUGGAUUUGAAGUUGGAAGAGUCCUGAUUUCAAUUUUGGGGUAAUGUCAUCAACUUUAGGGCCAUGACUCUUUUGCAGCAUACCUCAGUUUCCUGUCUCUCUCUUGGCAGUGUACAAUGUUUAUGGUCAGAUUGGAAUUCUUUUUUCUGCUACCACAUUCCAAUUUUACCCUGACCAGAGCAAUGCUUUUCAAAGCUUUAUAGUUUUGUAUGAAUUUGGAAGAACUUUCUACUACAUUGAUAUGGCUGCUGCAAUUGCAGUAAUCAAUAGGCAAGCACUGCUAUCUUUCCCUUUGUUAUUGUCGUGACAUUAACUACAGCUUCUACAUUUUGCUUCCCUUCUUUCAGUGGUUUCUUGAAUUGAUCCAUUCUGAGGAUUUUGCUUUUCAAUUUGAUCUGUUUUUGAUACAAAUAGAAUCCUGAGAUUGAUUCUUCCUCUGAAGAAUUAAGUUUUUAACUACUGGUCCAUGGUCAUAAUUUUGGGGGGAAAGGGCAAUUUUUGAGAACCUAAUCAAAAGUGGCAGGUUGAGGAUCAAAACAGCAUUCUUGCAAACAUUUUACAAUCCCUUUGAAGUCUUUUGGCUUAAAAUUAGGAACUGGGAGAGUUAGCAUUUCUUUUAGGUGCUUAAAUUUGGCUCAUAGUCCUUAGUCUGCUGAACUAUACUAGAUCCUGAUGCAUGUAAGACUAUUGUCUAAAUAGAGGUAAAGUAUGUGAGAUCUUAUAGGCCCUGAUAAUCUUCUACAUCUGAACACUCAAAUAAUUGUGCAUAAUGCUACUUUCAAUGUAAAAGGGAUUUUCAAGUGGAAUUUGUUUUAGUGUUUUAUGGCAAUCUUAAAAUCAUUUUUUUUUGUUUAGCCUCAAAAUACACCUAAAUCAAGCAACUCAUUCACUAUUUGGUAGCCCUUCAUAUUUUUCAUUUUAUGUAGAUCACUGUAAUUUGGCUUUUAAAAAGCUAUGUGUAGGGGUUCUCCUUGAAAUGGGGAAUACUCUAUUUUCUAUGCAGCACAAGUUACUUCUUAUUGUUUUAGUGAGCGAGGCACAGAAUAUUUAAGAAAAUGGUUAAAGUAUUUUAUGUGACCAUUACUGUAAACUAGUUUUCAAUGUAUAGUAAGCCAACCUACUUGGAUUUUAGUUUAAUUUAUGGUCAAAUAAGAAAAAACAUCUACUUGUAUCUUUCUAAGAAUAUAAGUGGCAAUGAAAACUCCUUUCUCCAAGGAAAGAAAUUUGGAAACGGAAGAGGGUGGAUGAUAUUGUGACUCAGCAUAUCAACUAAAAUAAAUACAUUUCUGAUUCCUUUAAAGAUCAAAAUUGUCUCCUGCAGCACCUGUAAAUCCACCUUGUUAAAACCAGCCAGACUGAAAAACAACUAUAGAUAUAGAGACCAAUUUUGAUUUUUAAAAGAAUCAGAAAAAAAAACACCUUAUAUUAAUCUAUACAAUAUGUCAGUUUGGAUGUAUCGUCUUUCGAAAAGGUAACUAGGAUAAAACAUGAAAGUGUCUGAUGUAACUUAAGCUGAAAAGUAAGUCAAAUGAGAUCUUGAAGGAAUAGAAUGAAGGUUAAAUUCUUUGUUCUAGGUUGCAAGUAGAUCUAUGUUAUGAAAAGGGAAGCAUUGACCUAAACCUUCCAUGUUAGAAUGUGAAUUUUGUGUCAUACAGUUAUUUUGGGAGAGGGUUUAAUCUGCUGCUAAUCAAGUCUUGUCUCUUGUUAUCUCAGGGUAGAUGGACAUUGCUGAUGUUCACAGCUUCUAAAGUUGAAGUAUCACAUAUCUUUAAAAUAAAAGAGCAAGGCAUUACAUCAAAAAAUGCACUUCCUAUGGGAGGGAGGGAGGGAGAGAUGGGAAUUUUAAAUACUUAAGAUCCAGAGCUUUUUUUAAAAGGCUGAAAAAAAGUUGGAUGUUUUAUAAAAAUUACAAAAAAUGUUUAGCGAGACAUAGAUCAGCUCAGUGCUAAUAACCUGCUUAUUGAAAAUUUAAUUUUCAGUUAAAUCAGUACAGUCUAAAAAUUUCAUCGUAUUCAGCUGAAAAGAGAGUAAGACUUUGUACCCUGUAUUUGCUUGAUGUUUUAGAAAUUUUACUUUUGGUUUUCAACUAGAAUUACAUAUUUUUAUAUUUUAAAAGUGUCUACAUAUAUUUGAGUGGAAUUUCAGACUCUGGAAUUCAAUGCCCGGUCAAAAAUUUAACAGCUCAUUCCUGUUACAAUCUAGGCUAAGAGAAUAAGAAUUAAAUCUGUUAUGAAACAGUUAUAUUGGCUAAAAGAAAAAAAUGUAGAAGGAACUUUAUUAGAUCAACUUAAAUUUUAGAAAAUGAGAUGCUAGUUUUGGAAUUUCUAAGAUCUCUUCAUUAGGUAAUAGAUUAACAUAACACAGUGACACAAAAUCAGCUCCUGAACAUAUUAGUUGAAAGAGUUGUGACUGGUAUUUAAGGUAUUUUUACUUUAAAUUUUGUAUCCUGGAACUUAUUACUGAAAUUUAAAAUCAGCACUGGAAAACUCCAUCUGUAUAUUCCAAUAAAUGGACACAUUCAUUUUGUCUAUGUAAAAGAAAUAGAGAUUUCCCAAUAGGAGCCACAAAGUAUAAAACCUAUUAUGCUUUGUCACUUAUUAUUAGAGGUUAAAUCAGCUUGUCAGUACUGAUGUAAACAAAAAGAUGCUUAUUGCCCAUUUCAUGCUAUUUAGGCAUGUCCUUUUCCUUCUUUUCUGGUCAUUCCUGCUGACCUUUUCUGUUGUCUCUCUAAAAAGCAGGAUAUAGCAGUACUUGCUGGUGGUUUGUCAGAAUUAUAUAGCAGAACUAAACUAGACUGCUUAGCUAGCAAUGCUGUAACCUUAUCAUUUUUACCAAGUUAAUGUCAGACAGAAAUCAU